CGUGUUAUGGUUUCCGUGGGGUGGGGGUUUCCUUUGUGCGCGUGCAGCGGAGGCAGGGUGGAGCUGAGGGCGGGAUGCUCCGACGGGAACAGACGCACCGCCUGUCGAUUGGACCAGAAGCCAAAAGAAGGAAAGCGCCGUGAGAGUCCGCCGGAGCUUAAAGACUUUGCAUGGGAUUUUUGUGUUUUUGUUUUGUUUUGUUUUGUUUUGUUUUGUUUGUUUGUUUUUCCUCUAGGACGGGAGGUUUGGAGGCACCUGUCCACUUGAGCCGCAUUUCCCGACAAACUCCUUGCGAGGCUGAAGCAUGGACGCGGUUUUACCCUCAUUGUUAAUGUUAAUAUUAAUAUUAUAGGAGGUUCGUGCGACCGCUGCGCGUAAAGUUAUCCUUCCUUUCUCUCGUCUCGCUGCUCAGUUUUGGGUUUUCCACCGAGCUUUAUGAGUUCGCCGCUGUUUCUGGGUCAGCUGCUCGGGGUCCCGCUAGAAAUAAUGCCCCCCACCAUGGAGAAGGACACAACUUACACUAAGAUCUUCGUCGGUGGGCUGCCCUACCACACCAGCGACGCCUCACUUCGGAAAUAUUUCGAGACUUUCGGGGACAUCGACGAGGCGGUGGUGAUCACGGACAAGCAGACGGGGAAAUCCAGAGGAUACGGCUUUGUGACCAUGGUGGACAGGGCAGCAGCAGAGCGGGCGUGCAAAGACCCGAACCCCAUCAUCGACGGCAGGAAGGCCAACGUCAACCUGGCGUACCUCGGAGCAAAGCCUCGCAGCUCACAAACAGCUCUUUCAGCUGGAGUUCACCAAGUCCUUCCUACGUGGGCUCAGAGGCAAUACGGGUUCGCCCAGCAGUACGUCUACCCCCAGGCGUUCCUGCAGCCCAGCCUGCUGCUGCAGUCCCACCUGAGCCCCACCGCCACGGCCCUCACCUCCCCUUACCUGGAGUACAGCUCCGCCUACAGCUCUGCCUACAGCCCCUACGGCCCGUCAGGACUGGAGCAGUACCCCUUCGUCCCCUCGCCGUCGCCCUCCACAGGCUACCUCAGCUACAGCUUCUCCCCAGGUACCCCGACGCCCGCGCUCACCGCUCCCCCCACCCCGCCAGCGGCCAUCCAUCCUCCCCUGGCCGCGCUCACCGCCGUGUCCGCCACGCCGCCGGCCUUCCUGCAUUACCCCCUCCACCAGCCCGACCGGAUGCAGUGAGCAGACCUGAGCGGCCAAUCAAAACACGGGGACUGGAGACUGGACCGGGUUUAUAAAAAGGGCUUUUUGAGAGAACUGUCUUUCCUCGGUGUAACAGAUAAUGAUCAUCCUGCGUUGUCGUCAGCACACACUGUGAAUGUUUUCCAGAACCGGCAGGACCCUGUUGUGAUCUUUUAGAUGCUCCUUACGGGCUGGAGGGAACGUAAAGUAAAGACACA